GCUUGUUAUUAUUCCACUGCGCUCUCUAUUUUCAUGCUUCUUGGCGUUCUUCAACAUCACUGCACUGUCAAAAUUUGUUUCCUUUUUGUAAGGUAGUAAUGGCUUGUAGAAUUUGGGAGCUGCUUUACAGGGGAAAUCAUUUUAGAACCAACAAAUCUGCAGCUCUCUGUAUGAACUCAAUGCUUUAUCACUCUUCACAAGAUGUUUCCGACAUGCAAUGGUAUCGGAGUGAGUUUCCAAAGAUAAUGAAGUUGACCCAAUUGCUUGCAAAUGUGGAUACAAUUAAUGGACGACUUAUUGAUGUAAAUAGUAAUUCAACCAUUUUUGAUGAUCAGCUUGAGAAUGAAAUGCGUACAUUGAAGUCUCUUGUCCGAGAGUUUAUUGCGUCUCCAUUUGUUCAGCACAAAAUGAGACGUGUUUUGGCCUCCACCACAAAUACACAACAUGAUACAUUUACCCCUUUCAGUAAAACAACCGAAAGAGAGUCUAUGGUGAUCGAUUCUCUGACUAAGGUGAGCAAUUUUCUAAAUGUUUCUGCUCAACAGAGGAAGGUGGUUCGUUUCAAAGUAUGCCCACAGGUUACGCAGCAUCAUAUAUGGACUGGUGCACUUAAAGAGAGGCUGAAUAAUUUUGCAGUUGAUUUGGAUUCUUUGGGUUCUCAGGGAUUGAAUGAAGGUACUAUAUUGGCUCGGCAAAUUAUUCAUAGCUGCUUGAAAUUUCUGACAGAAACUGCCAGUUUUUCUGACGCCGACUCAUCUUCAUGGAUGAAGUUUUCACCUUCAAAAAUUGUUAAUUCUUCCGAUACCCAGAAAUGGGAAGAUCUUCUUGCAAUGUUCAAUGACCUGAUUAAAUGCUGUAAAAGUGAAACAAGAUUAAAGAUGCAUGUGGCUAAGGUUGAGGUCAUGAAGGAGGGGCUUUUACACAUCAAGGAUAUUACGAUUGAUAACAGUAUUGCAUACAAGGAUGCUCGAUAUCUACAAAUCCUAGUGCAGAAGAAGCUUUCUAAAACGUUAGGCCACUCAUCUGGUUGCUUAUUCACCCUGUUACAGUAUUACCUCUAUGGAAGAGUUACAGAUAUUGAAGUAGACUUGUGUGGUGGGAUUUAUAAAAAUGGAAAUGAUAGCAGGUUUUGCUUGUCUAUGGGAAGAAUUUUGACUUCGGAUAGUGAGAGAAUGGUUGGACGUGGUGUGAAGCAGUUGGAUCGAGCACUCGGGCUUUACAAGUUUGUAUGGGAAACAGCUGGAAUGAAAGGGAAUUUGGACUUGCAAGGCCAUUUGUGGUGUGUUGGAGCAGACGAUAGAAUGCUUAGAUAUAGAGGAAACAUGUAUUUCGUGCAUGGCAUUUGCCUUUGAUCAGAGAUUGCAUUGCAAUACCAUUUUGUUUUAUACUAUGGAUUGAAUUAGUCAUUAGUUAGCAGUGCCAAUGAAACUCAAAUUCAGGAUGUAUUCAGUUGUAGGAAUGGUGGGUUUAUCUCUAGGAGAACAACAUUUCAUCCAAGGUGGCAUUGCUCAGGAUCUUCGUUGUGAUGGUAGAAAGAGAUUGACUUAUCGACCAAUCCAUGUUGAAACUGGAGUCAUUCCUCAGGCAAACGGUUCGGCCAGAAUAAGAAUUGGUGCUACAGAGGUCAUUGCCAGUGUGAAGGCUGAACUUGGAAAACCAAGCUUAUCGCAACCCGACAAAGGGAAAGUCUUUAUAUAUAUUGAUUGUAGUUCGACUGCAGAGCCAGCUUUUGAGGGUAGAGGGGGUGAGGAAUUGUCAGCAGAACUGUCAACUGCUCUUCACUGCUGUCUCUUGGGUGCUAAAAGUGGAGCAGGUGCUGGAAUUGAUCGCACUUCUCUUGUUGUCGAAGGAAAGAUUUGUUGGGAUCUUUAUAUUGAUGGGCUUGUUGUCAGUUCAGAUGGAAAUUUGUUAGAUGCUCUAGGUGCUGCGAUCAAGGCUGCUUUGAGCAAUACCGGAAUUCCAAGCGUCAAAGUUACGGCUGGUGCAGCAAGUGACGAGCAACCAGAAGUUGACAUAAGUGAUGAAGAGUUUCUACAGUUCGACACAUCUGGAGUCCCUGUGAUCAUUACACUGACUAAGGUUGGGAGGGAGUAUAUUGUUGACGCAACGCCUGAAGAGGAAUCACAAAUGAGCUCUGCAAUUUCAAUCUCUGUCAACAAGAAAGGGCACAUAUGUGGUAUAACCAAACGAGGCGGUGCAGGGCUGGAUCCAAGUGUCAUUCUUGAUAUGGUCUCGGUGGCUCAGUAUGUAAGCGGGAAGUUAAUGAAUAAAUUGGAUUCAGAAAUAGCUUCUGCUGAAGCUGAAGAUGAGUCAUGACAUAGAACUUAGUGAUCACUAGGAUUUGUUGUACACUAAUUAUUAUUAUUAUAUUAUAUUAUUCAGUUCUUGACUUGGACAAAA